AUGGAUCACUCCAGACACGAGGAGACCUUUGAGUCAGGCUGGUCAGAUGACUUGGACCCAGCAGAUGAUGAUGAAGAAAAACGAUUCUGUUCCAUGAUGGAGCAGCUCGGAGCAGCCCACAUGUUUGAAGAUCCUUGCGAGAUUCGGGAGCUCUGGGGUCAGCUACGAAAGGAGCGUCCAGAGCUCUUAUCCAAUUUUGAAGAGUUUCUGUUGCGUGUUUCAUCAUACAUAAGGGAGAUGAAUCAUGAGAAGGAGUCUAUGGAACAGGCAUUGAAGCGGAAGGAGACAGACCAUGACCGAGAAGUCAGAUGCCUCUAUGAAGAAAUGGAGCAACAGAUCAAGGCAGAAAGGGAGAAGCUGAUCUGCCAGGAAGCACUGAGGCAUGACAGAAGUAACCUGCUUCAGAAGGAACUGUGCAGCAAAGAGCAGGAGCUGGAGAAAAUCCUCUACCGCCAGAAGAAGUUGGAACAUCAGCUACAGUCUUUGAACUCAGAGCAGCUGGAGACCCGCGUGCAGAACGAAAGGCUCCGACACCUGAAUGAAAACCUGCUGGAAGAGCUGGAGAAAAGCAAAUGGGAGCUGGAGGCAGUGAAGGGGCAAUUACAGAAGCUCCAGAAAGAGGCCCAGCUUGAGCAAGAGCAGAAGGACAG